GUGGUGGAGAGACGGGCCCGCCGAAGGACCCCCGUCGCCCCCACACCUCGAGUGACCCUAGGGACUUGCUUCUUCGGCCUUGCUUCGACGGUGCUUCGACCGGGCUUCGACCCUCGUCUCCAUGAAGAUUGAUGCCAUAGAAUGAGAGGCUCACCGAGACUGCUCACAUCUGAGUUGGAUUCCAUUCCCUCAAAGUCCGGGUAUCUAACCCCCCGAUUAGUGUCUAGCUGGCGCCAAGUAUGGCAACACAUAUCGAGUCACGGAGCAGUGGAGUAAGUCAUGGAGCAACCACCGCCCCCAGUCUCGUGGAGAGCUGAAGGUACUGUAUCUACACCCGAUGCUAUCAAAGUACCGGACUCCAGGCAUCCGAGCGAGUUUACCCGGCCGAUAGUCCACAACGUGAGGUGACUUCUGGACGCCCCUUGGCCACGUCAACUCCCUCUCCACGUAUCAAUACUGUCAAUAUUGAAACUCAAAGGCCCGGCUAAUCUACACCCCGGAUUUCCCAAAUGCCAUCGUCAUUGGCCUAGCUUGCACGCAUACCUAUCUCGUCACCACCAUGAAUAUUGGUACCGAGGGCGUUUUGGUACGUUCCGGUUCCUUUUAUUCACUCCCCUCGCCUUGCGACCCGCCACUCUUGGUACUGUCCGGUGGGCAAUAAUGCGGACAUGGGGCCGGGGUAUCGCCUAGCUUAGUCCCCGGAUUGUGGGCGAUGGUGAUAAAUCCUGCAUCAGCGUGCUCUGUUCUACGUCACGGGCCUUUUUCCAGUUCCCAAAGAGUGCAUCGAUGAUAGGCAGGCAAGGGAAUUGUGGCAAUGCUUGAUACUGUGUGACUUAGAUGACUACUCGACUGGAUGCCUAAACCACUGCGGCGUACAUGGCCACGUUGGGUGGCUUGUAUGUCACUUACCGCUCGGGAUAAACGGGCUAUGCUAAUCACGUUGUGUCUCAAGUCGCUUCCCUCCAAAGGUGGUUAUGUUUUAAUGUAUUUUCUUGGUCGCAGUGCUAGUCCACGUCCAAAUUCGUUUGCUUCUACUACAACUCCAGGUGCAAGCUUUGUUCCGCCCAUGUGACAGCUCCUCAUCCACAGUCAGCCGCAGUCCGCCACAGCCUGAUCGGAAACACGGAAUUGAUUGGGCGAGAUGCGCAACAAGUUCCUCGUUCUUGAUUGAUCGCUCAGCUCAGCCUCGAAUCCAGGACGAAU